CAAAGACCAAUUUUGAGGGAACCCAUGGUUAAGUAUAAUUUUUAAUUUCCCGAAAAAGUAAUUUUAUACAAUUUUAUUGUCUUUUGAGAUGCAAAUGUGCGAAUUUUUUCACGAAAUCUUCGCAGAGCAAGUCGUUUAUUUACCUACUUGUCCCAAGGGACGUAAAGUAACUUAAAGUCUCUCUGUUGUGGGAUUCAUAGGUCAGUAAUGUUGAUCAAAAUGCGGUAAAAUUAGGUUUCGUUUACUAUAAGUAUGAAGUAACUAUAUGUGCUUUAUUAAAUUGUUUGGUGUACUGUACGACAUUCAGUGUUUUAUGUACUGUUCAACAUAAAAGAUGAUGCUUAAUGUACUGUAAAACCUAACAUCGGAAGGAUUACAGCUACGUCUGUUGAUAUGUCUCUCCUCUGGUUCUCAAUGUUUCAAGUUAAGACUGAAAACAAGUUUUACAAAUGUUUAUGACAUCUUCAUUUCCAGCUUUCCUUCAUAAACUUGCACAAACUUGGUAGAAAGUUAAGAAUUAUUUAUACAAAGUAGUAAUUUUCUAAAUUAUCUCUCUAAGAUAUUCCUGUAAAAAAACUGGUAAACAUGGUCUCUCUUAGUUGUAAAUAACAAACUUUGAUCUCCUUUUAAUACUCAAAGAACUGGCCUAACAAUACUGGUUUGGCUUUUUUACCAGAUUUUUUGACAUUCAAUUAUUUUUUGUAAUAUCUUCUAUAAUGUUAGGAUGUUGUAAACAAUUUGUGUCUAUUAUAACCCUUAUCUGUAAAUUGUACAGUUGUAGCUUUGAUUCUGCACUCAGUAUCCUUAUUUCCCAUUUAUUCUUUAAUGUAUAUUAUUAUUAAAUACGAAUGAGUUAUUGUUUGUCAUGUAAUAUGCAGAUUACAGAAUCCAAAACGCACAUAAAUAAUUUUGGACUUUUUUUUCUGGCAGGAUUUUAAAAUAUUUUAGAAUCAUUUUGAAUUUAAAGUCAUGUAAAAUUUAUUUUUAACUUAUCCAUAUAUUUUAUCUUCAAUGAGAUCUGGAUUCUGCCUUUUUCAAUGUUAUUUUAUUGUAUUUUAUGUAGAGUGUAAAAUAUACUUACAUUCAUGAUAUUUUACUUAAAUAGGAUUUAUAGUUUGAUAUUUCUAAUGUAUUAGUCCUCUGAGUGACUAAAAUUGUAUCUUCUUUCUCUUAAUUAGAAAUUUCUCACUUAUUAUUAGUCAAUUAGAUAUAAUUAUCAGUACAUUUUUGACUUUAAAUUCAGCAUCAUAAAUAAAACUACGCGUUAAACUAAGACACUGUACAGCAAACAGACUCAAACUAGUUGAGCAGAUUAAAAAAUAUUCUAUCAUUUUAUUACUUACCAGCUUAGUUUAGAAGCUUAUAUCUAGUCCUUUUUAGAUUAUCAAAAAUAUAUAUUUUAUAUUUAAGCUUAAUUAUUUUUUCAAAUUCUACUUACGUUAUUAUUUUGUAUUUUAUUAGAUUUUAGUUCUACCUUACAUUGAUAUUUAAAGCAUAUUUCGUUUAUGUAUCAUAUCUUUAAUCAUGGAUGUUGGUGGCCAUCUUGAAUUAAAACUAGUUAUUGUAUCUGUGCCAAAGAAUUUUUGUGAUUUGUGUGCUUCAUGUUAGUAAUUCAUCAGCUGAUCUAAAACUUGUUUUUCUUUUGUUUAUCACAUCACCAAUCAGCUAUGAACAUGUGUACAUAGAAGGAAAACUGAUCUAAAAUAUUUUCUAUUGAGCUACCGUCUAUGUACAAUGUACAUUGUACAACGGAUAUAAAACAUCGAAUACUCAGCUAUAUACUUAUACAUAUGUACUUAUCUGCUUUUAGCUGAUUUGAAACUUUUUAUACAUUGCUAUGUUCUAAAACUUUUCAACUCUGAACUAUCUGACGUUUUUGUUGUUGUUGCAGAAUUCAAUUUUUGUCAUAAUCAAAGCAUUAUUAUGUCACAAGUUGUAAACUCCUAAUCAGUUUUGAUCUGAACUUAAUCCAUUAUCUCAUGCAGCAUCUACUCGGAUCAUGGCUAGAUAAACCUUUUUUUAGAUCAGCUGAUUUUCAUAUAAAUAUCUAAGUUACUAAUUAACCGGCCUCCAGAAUGUGUAGAUCAAAUUGCCCAAAUUGACCGGUAUCUAGAAAAGUCUGAUUGACCCCUAUCUAGAAAAGGUUGGUUGAUUUACCGGCUACUAGAACAGGCAGGUUAAAUAGACCGGCCUACAUAUCAGGCAGGUUAAAUAGACCAGCCUACAGGUUGGGUUAAUUGAACGACUUCUAGAAUAAGGUGAACAAAUUUGUCGGCCUCUUUUGACGGGGAGGGUAAUUUUACCUGCCUCUUUGGGUAGGUUGAGAUGACCGGCCUCUAGAACAGGCAGGUAAAGAUGACCUGCCUCUAGAACAGGUAUGUUAGGAUGACCGGCCUCUAGAACAGGCAGGUUAAAAUUAUUGACCAAUGACCAGUCUACAGAACAGUCAGGUUUAAUUGACCGGGCGCUUUUAAUAAGGAGAUUGGUUUACACCUAGAUAUUUGUAAUGUUGUUUAAAUAGUUCAAAUCAAUAUUCGAUUUCUAAUUAAAUUAAAAAUAUAGCCUAUUAAUUACUUCACAUUAUUCAAAAUAUUCAAACUAUGUAUCCAUACUUGACUCUUGUCAAAUGCUCGUUAAAUAAUUAAAAAAAUUCUAUUUCCAAAAUGUACCCCUGCGUGUCUAUGUGUUAUUUCUGCCAUUUUAGAGAAGAAUGUUAUCAAUGGGAAGAAGGUUCGGGAAAUAAUGUAAAGAAUUUCCAUCUUUAUUUCCGUCCGGGAACCGAAUCUAAUAAAUUGGAGAGGUUGCUCAACUACUUUCCAUUGGUUAAAAUCCUGAAUCACAGAUUCAAAGUUAUGUGAGUUUUAAGACUUUGUAUUUCUGAGUGUUGAAGAUGACUGGUAGAGGAGUUAAAAAGUUUACUAUGGGGGUUCCUGAGCAUCCAUUCUCUCUCCUAACUCUACUCAGUGAUAGGGAUACUAGGGAUAAACCACAAGAGAAUGAGAUGGUAGGGGGAGGAAAUGAACUGCGAACCAACGAAUUUACAGCUCAUUAUCAAACUCAGGCAGCAGAUCUAUCACUGGCAGGAGCAUCUGAUCAAAUCCAGCUGGGGGAUAUGUACCCCAGGACACCUGUUUUUACUGGGAACUCUCCUGUGCCCCCUCCGCCCCCCCUGGCCCACCACCAACCAUACGAGGAGACCUUCUACAAUAGCUCCGGGUUGAACCCCGAGUACCUGGGCGGAGAGGGGCAUCUCGAGGACUAUGAGGAGACCUUGACACAGUAUAGUGAUUACUAUUCAAGAUAUCCAAUAUCCAAUCCAUACUCGGAUACUUUACAGGAUACGGGAGGACAGAGAAACGACCGUCUAUAUGAUUAUUCUCUAGCUAACAAUGUAAAACAAGAACUAUCGGAUCCAAAUUUCAGGUAUAUGGAUACCGGGAACACCAGCUACCUAGUUCCCCCUCCACUUCAUCCUAGUCCUGCUGUUCUUCUUCAUAUCAAGUAUGUCAUGGAGUCAGUCUGUGACGUCAUGUUCUUCACAGAUGUAACUAUCAUCACCUCAUCAGAUACACUCAGAGCACACAGGUCUGUGCUCUCUGCACACUCAAGUUUUCUCUGCUAUCUCUUCUCAGAGGUGGGAGAAGACGAGGAUUCAGUUCUAUAUUUUCCUCAUCAUACUUCUCUUUAUGUUAGGAUGCUUCUCCAGUUUUUCUAUACAGGAGAGGUGACAAGGAUGACCCAGGGGGAUAUAGAACCCUUACGGGAUAUUUGUUAUUGUCUAGGAGUGUCCAGUCUUAUAGCCAGGUUGGAUGAUGUCAAAUUGACAAUUUCUUUCCAAAGUAUUCCGAGCUAUGACAAUCAAAUACCACACGUAGAUUCACAAAUACCUCACGUCGAGUCACAAAUACCACACGUAGAUUCACAAUUACCACAUGUAGGCUCUCAAAUAUCUCAAAUGGGUUCACAAAUAACACAGAUAUCACACGCGGACUCCCAAAAUACUCACGCUAGUUCUCAAAUAUCCCUUGCGAAUUCUCUACCACAUGUGGAUGGACAGAUUUCCUGUGUAGAUGCACAAAUACCACACUCAGAUACUCAGGUUUCCACUAGUUCUCCACAGCGUCUUUACACUGGCUUCCAAUCCAGUAAAGAUGACGGGAGAGUAUCACUGGACCCCUGCCCAUCUCCUGAUAUAUUAGAGGAAGCGCCCCCUGGACAAUCCUCGUGCAAGUUCCAGGAACAGAAGGAAAAAUCAAAGAAUAAGCAGAAUUGUCUUGACGUCGAGUAUCACAAAUCUCCAACAAGACAGUACACGGUUGUCUCAAAAAUGCCACGUGACACUAAACUCCAAAUUAGUAAAAAGUGUCCAUUUUGUAAACUCAAGUUUUUCAAGAGUGAAAGUUAUGAAAACCAUUUAAAACUUCAUAAAGGAGAAACUUUUAAAUGUGAUUUAUGCAAUAAAAGUAUAAGUUCCAAAUAUCAUCUGAAAAUCCAUCGAGAAACUCACAGUAACAAGAAGUAUCCAUGCAAUUUUACAGGUUGUUCGAAAGAGUUCUCUGAUCCAUCUGUGCUCCGCAGACAUCAUAGAAACGUUCACGCUGAGAUCAAACAUGUUUGCAACAAGUGCGGAGCCGUCUUUGGUGAUCGGAACAAUUGGAAACGACAUCAAUCAGAACACUCACCUUCCAUCUUGUUUUCCUGUGCUUCUUGCGGGAAGAAGUUUAAGCGUAAAAGUCAAUUAAAAAGACACAAGAUGAAUGUACACAAGAAGUCUGCAGAGGCGAGACUUGAUGAUAUAAAGGCUGAAGAAAGUGUUGAUGACCCUAAACCAAAGUCCUCAGCAUCAACUUGUAAUCAAUGCAACGCAGUAUUUAGAAAACCAUACGAUCUAAAGAUACACAUGAGGGUUCAUACGGGAGAGAAACCUUUUCAGUGUACUAUGUGCAGUAAAGCCUUCUCAAGAUCAUACAAUCUACAACUACACAUACGUACUCACACGGGUGAAAAACCACACGCCUGUGCCCGCUGCGGACGCUGUUUCUCCGACGUUGCGGCAUUCAGGCGACAUUGUCGCACUCACAGUGGGGAGCGACCCUAUCCCUGCACCCUCUGUGGGGCUUGGUUUACUCAGGCAAGUACAGCAUCAAACCACAUGGGAACCUGUCGGAAGAAAAGAUUAAGUUUGGAAACAUUAAAAUCUGAUCCUGAUUCUACACUACAAAUUGUACUCGUCUAAUACUACAUUAAUUGAUUGAUUAAUAGAUUGAUUGAUUG